CGGAGCCCGUCAGGGCUGGCACAGGCUCGGUUUGGCUCUCUCCUGUGUCCAAACAGGCUCCUGGCUCUCCUGCUUGCACAAGAAAGUCUCUUACAAGCUUUUAAAGCCCCGGAGAAGCAGGAGGCGCGUCGGAAAACGGGCUAUCCUGGGAUUUACUUUUUUUUUUUUACAAUUCAUCAUUUUGGGCCUGACUCACGGCUUUUGAAUGUUUGGGAUGGGCGGCCAAGGGGGAAAGUAACUUUGCUCAGCACAAGCAGAGCGGCCAGGCAGGAGGGACAGACAUCUGAGCAGCGACAAGGCGACAGCGGGGGCCGUGAUCCCGCCUGCAGCCCCGCUCCAUCCUCGCCAUCCUCUCCAUCCUCGCCAUCCUCUCCAUCCUCGCCAUCCCCGCGGCCGCUGCCGGCCCCAGCGCGGCAGGUGGGGCCCGCGAUGGCGCGGGGGACAGUCCCCGUGCUGCUGCUGCUGCUCCUCGCCAGGCUGGCGUCAUCCACGUGGCACGAAGGGUCUGGCUACUACCUGGAGAGUCACACCAACGAGGUGUACGCAGAAGAGCCGCCCCCCGAGCCUGCCCUGGAUUACCGUCGAGUGCCCCAGUGGUGCGCCACGCUCAGCAUCCACCGCGGAGAGGCCACUUGCUACUCUCCCCGGGGCGGCUCGUACCGCAGCAGCCUGGGCACCCGCUGCGAGCUGAGCUGCGCCCGCGGCUACCGCCUGGUGGGUCCCAGCGCCGUCCGGUGCCUGCCCAGCCGCCACUGGUCGGGGAUGGCGUACUGCCGACAAAUCCGGUGCCACGUGCUGCCGGCGGUGCUGCGGGGCUCCUACGCGUGCUCGGCGGGCGUGCAGAUGGAUUCCCGCUGUGACUACACCUGCCUGCCCGGCUACCAGCUGGAGGGCGACCGCAGCCGCGUCUGCAUGGAGGACGGGCACUGGAGCGGGAGCGAGCCGCUCUGUGUGGACCUGGAGCCUCCCAAGAUCCGCUGUCCGGAGUCCCGGGAGCGCAUAGCCGAGCCAGGCAAGCUGACUGCCACCGUCUACUGGGACCCUCCCCGCGUCAGGGACUCUGCCGACGGUGUCAUCAAGAGGGUGAUGCUGCGGGGCCCGGAGCCCGGCUCCGAAUUCCCCGAGGGAGAGCAUGUGAUCCGCUACACGGCCCACGACCAGGCUUACAACCGCGCCAGCUGCAAGUUCAGCAUCCGCGUCCACGUGAGGCGCUGCCCUGUCCUGAAGCCCCCGCAGAACGGCUACAUCUCCUGCACCUCCGACGGCAACAACUACGGCGCCACCUGCGAGUACCUGUGCGACGGCGGCUACGAGCGCCAGGGCACCUCGCUGCGCGUCUGCCAGUCCAGCCAGCAGUGGACGGGCUCCCAGCCCCUUUGUGCACCCAUGCAGAUCAACACGGACGUGAGCUCGGCCGCCAGCCUGCUGGAUCAGUUCCAGGACAAACGCCGCCUCUUGGUCAUCUCGGCGCCCGACCCCUCGGACCGCUACUACAAGCAGCAGAUGUCCAUGCUGCAGCAAGCGGCCUGCGGGCUGGACCUGCGGCACCUCAGCACCGUGGAGCUGCUGGGGCAGCCCCCGCACCAGGUGGGGCGCAUCCGGGAGCACCGGCUGGCCCUCGGCAUCAUCGACGAGCUCAGGCGCUUCCUGCACCUCACACGCUCGCACUUCAACGCGGUGCUGCUGGACAAGGCGGGCGCGGACCGCGAGCGCUACAUCGCCCCGGUCAGCCCCGACGAGCUCUUCGUCUUCAUCGACACCUACCUGCUGAGCGAGCGGGAGGCGGCGCGGCGGGCACAGAGCGGGGACCCCUGCGAGUGACCCCCGCCCUGCCCGCCGGGGACGGACACCUCCCUUCCUGCUUUCCUAGUCGCCCACUGCAGAGGAGGAGCAGCGUGCCAGGGAGCCCCGGGGAAGGGGAGCCCCUCCCUGGCUGCUCUGGCACACAGAGGUGAGCAGGGAAUGUCCCCCUGCCCAGAGCCAGCAGCUGUUUGCAGCUGGGGCAUGGCUCAGCCCAGCCAGGACCCUGGUGGGAGACACUGGAGUGCCCCUGCUCAAACCUCAGGGCAGGGGGGAGCUGGAGAGAGGCAGGGCAGGCAGGGCAGCAGUGUGACAGCAGCUCCAGCCUCCCCACGGCUCACCCUGGGCACAGCCCGGACCCGCUGCCUCCCGCUCUGAAAGCCCUGAUGAAAAUCCAAUGGCCCCACGCCCAGCACAGCCCACAGCAGCCAGGCAGCGUGCAGUCCACCCUGGAGGGCUUGCAUCUCCCCUGCC